UGUGAAAUGCAUGGUGAGCCCUAAAUAUGGCCGAAGUGAGCUUGGAGGAUCUUCGCCGCUGCUGGAUUUGGCGGCUAGAUCUCGCAGGGUUUCGAUGACUGCGAUGAUUUCUCAUAAGGCCAAGGAAGUUGAAAAGGGUAAAAAUCAGUUCCUGAAGCGUCAGAUUCAUGAACAGGUGCUUCAUUCCAUGCCACCUCAGAAGAUUGAAAUCUUUAAAUCACUCGAGGGUUGGGUAGAAGAGAAUAUAUUGACCCAUUUAAGACCCGUCGAGAAUUCUUGGCAGCCACUAGACUUUUUACCCGAUCCUGCUCCUGAGGCCUUUAUCCAUGACAUUAAAGAGCUACGGGAGCGGUCUCGUGAAUUGCCGGAUGACUAUUUAGUUUGUCUGGUGGGAGAUAUGAUUACAGAGGAAGCAUUGCCGACUUAUCAGACUAUGCUUAACACUCUAGAUGGAGUGCGGGAUGAGAGUGGUUGCAGUCCCACAUCUUGGGCUGUGUGGACUCGUAUGUGGACAGCUGAAGAGAACAGGCACGGUGAUCUUCUCAAUAAGUAUCUUUACUUGUGUGGCCGUGUGGACAUGAGACAGAUUGAAAAGACCAUACAGUACCUCAUUGGGUCAGGAAUGAAUCCCCGCACAGAAAAUAGUCUCUUUCUCUGCUUUUUGUAUACGUCUUUCCAGGAGAGGGCAACGUUCAUAUCACAUGGUAAUACUGCAAGAUUUGCAAAAGAUCAUGGUGAUCUCAGACUAGCUCAAAUAUGUGGAACUAUUGCUGCAGACGAGAAGCGCCACGAGACUGCAUAUACUAAAAUAGUUGAAAAGUUGUUUGAGAUUGAUCCUAACGAUACGGUCAUAGCUUUUGAGGACAUGAUGCGGAAGAAGAUUACUAUGCCUGCCCAUUUGAUAUAUGAUGGGGAGGAUGAUAAGUUGUUUGAUCACUUUUCAGCCGUCGCACAGAGGUUAGGGGUAUACACAGCAAGGGACUAUGCCGAUAUCAUGGAAUUCUUGGUGAAGAGAUGGAAUGUGGAGAAACUAGAAGGCCUUUCAGCUGAGGGAAGAAAGGCUCAAGAUUAUGUAUGCAGAUUGCCGCCUCGUAUCAGAAGGUUUGAAGAAAAAGCUCAAGAAAGGGUAAAACAGGGCCAGAAAUGUGGUUUCAACUGGAUAUUCAACAGAGAAGUGGUGCUAUGAAAUGUUCAGAAAUUAGAAAGUAUAUAAUAUGAUAUACUAUAGUUUGGCAACGGACUAUGUAGUCACUUAAAAUGUAAUUCAUAUGAAGGAGAACAUUUUAACUGUUUUUUUUCCAACUCUCUUUCACAUGAGUUGCAUUUGGGUAGCUGGAUAGACAGUGCUCUAUAGUUAGUAUUAGUUCUAAGAUUUUUGGAAACUAUUAAUUAUUUG